CCGACCGCGGUCACAUCAUUUCUUCACCUCAACUAAUUUAACCGAAACUUUUCCAACCCAAAAUGACCAUAAAGCCCCUCUUCUCUUUUUAAUACUACUACUCCUAACAGAAAGGCUCACUGGCCGAGACAAACUCCUCUCACCCACCAUCACCGACCUGUCACGCAGAAAACUCUCUGCCUCACGCCACAUUCCAAUCAAAUUCAUUACACCUCCUCACUUUCCCUCCAUUCAUAACCCAUGCCGUGAUUCACACACCAUCACCCCAUUUAUGUCAUUUACCAUUUUGCCACUCUUCUUCAUUUCUUACCCCCGCUUUCUACUCUCAUUUUUCUAUUACAAGGUUGGGGUUUAAGCAGUUUUCAGUGAAGUGUGAUUAUGAUGGAUGGGCGGCGGCAUUCUGUUGAUAUACCGAUUUCUAAGGCUCUUGUGGCAUUGAGGAGAGUGAGGUCAUUGAGGGAUCCAUCAACUAAUUCUAUGAUCAAACAUUCUUCUCUGAUGGAGAACUUACAUUGGGAUAACCGUUCCGGCAAUGGGAUUUCUCUGCUGUUUCCGGAUGAUGUUCGCGUUUGUGAUUCUGAUGAUAGCCUUGCUUUUAGAACAAGGAAUUUAGGUUUUGAGGGGCAAAGAGAGAUGGGUACUGCUACUGGUUUUGAAUUGCAUAAUGGUCUGUUGAAUUCGCGGCUGAAUUGUUCGGGUGUUUAUGGAAAUAAAUCGCCUAAUGAAAGCUGUGGUAGUAACCAUGGUGGUAAAGGAUUGGGUAUGAAUGAUUUCGAGGAUGGCGAAUUAGGCUUUAGAGCAACGGGUAGAUCAUCUAAAUUAGGGAGAAUAGAUCGCAGUAAGUCGGCUAAAAGGCUGUUACGCAAGAAUCAAGUUAAACCAUCUGAUGUAAUGGGAGAUAUUGCUAGCCAUUUGAGCAGUCCAUGCCGCUCUGUUCGUGAUGCUUUAUUGCCCCAUGGUUCCUUGGCGUAUAUAAAUCGAGAUUUUGAUGUUCAAGAUAAUAGUGAUAAUGGAUGUGGAUUGAGUUAUUGUUGGUCAAAGUCACCAAGGUUUGUAGAGUCGGAUAUUUAUUGUGAGACAGAAGAUCGUCCCUUGAUAUUGCACUGUGUGGAGGACAUAGAACUUCAUGAACAUAAAAGUGCCGGACAGAGUUAUGGCGAAGAAAGUCCAAAUUUGGAAACACCUAGAAUGUUAUCUAUGAAAUUCAGGCCUAAAUUGUUUGGUGAUUUGGUGGGACAAGAUGUGGUUGUUAGGUCUCUUUUGGGUGCUAUUUCUAGUGGAAGGAUAACAUCGUUUUACCUUUUCCAUGGUCCACGCGGUACGGGCAAGACAUCUGCGUCAAGAAUAUUUGCUUCGGCGCUGAAUUGCCUUGCUGUUGGGGAGCAAAGACCAUGUGGUCUGUGUAGAGAAUGUGUUCUAUUCUUUUCUGGAAGAAGUAAAGAUGUUAAGGUAGUUGAUUCUGUGAAAAUCAAUCAAACGGACCAGGUUAAAUCUCUUGUUAAGAAUGCGUGUUCUCCUCCGGUUAAUUCACGUUUUAAGAUUUUCAUUAUCGACGAGUGCCAGUUAUUGAACGAGGAAACGUGGGCUUGCCUUUCAAAUAACCUAGAGAACAUUUCUCAACAUGUGGUUUUUGUGAUGAUCACUCCUGAUUUGGAUAAGCUUCCUCAAAGUGCAGUUUCCCGGGCUCAGAGGUAUUACUUUCCAAAGGUUAAAGACGCUGAUAUUGCACGCCGAUUAGAAAAAAUUUGUGCCGAAGAAGUUCUUGAUUAUGAACAACCUGCUUUGGACCUUAUUGCUGCAAAAUCCUGUGGUUCUGUUAGGGAUGCAGAAAUUAUGCUUGAUCAGCUAAGUUUGCUUGGUAAAAAGAUUAACGUUUCUUUAGUUUAUGAGCUUACCGGAAUUGUUUCGGAUGAUGAAUUGUUUGAUUUGCUAGAUUUGGCCCUAUCACCUGACACCACAAAUACAGUUAUAAGAGCUCGUGAGCUGAUGAGAUCGAGGAUAGAUCCUAUGCAACUUGUAUCACAGUUGGCAAAUCUCGUUAUGGACAUCCUUGCGGGGAAAUGUGAUUAUGAAGCCAGAAGUAGAUUUUCUAGUAGAUACACAUCGGAAGCAGACCUUCAGAAACUAAGCCAUGCAUUGAGAAUACUCUCCGAGGCCGAGAAACAAUUAAGAAUUUCAAAAAAUCAAACGACAUGGUUCACUGUAGCUCUUCUACAGUUAAGCUCGAUUGAUUAUCCUUCCACAAAUGCAGAUGGUACCAAGUUGCUUCUGAGAGGGCAGAGUUUGGAACACCUUGCUUCAGGUGGUUGUGAAAACAAGUCAUUUAGAUUAGUGGCGCACGAGGAUCACGAAGGAACACUCGAUUCGAUAUGGUAUAAAGCUACCGGGACAUGUCAAUCUAGUCAGCUCAAAACUUUUCUCAGAAAGAAGGGAAAGUUGUCUUCACUUCAUGUUGAUCAAUCUACUUCUUGUCUUGGUAUUGCAGAGUUGGAAUUCGGCCAUCGGCGCCAUGUAUCCAAGGCUGAGAAGUCAUGGAAAUCGAUAGCAAGUUCCUUGCAACGCAUAUUGGGUUGUAACAUUGAGUUGAGGAUCACUCAUGUACCUCAUACUUCUAAUUCACCGAAGAGGUUAUCUUUCAACAUGUUUAGUUGUUCGCGCAAAAUACAACAGAAAUCAUCCUCGUCCAAUGAACAAGAAAGUGAAAUAGACUAUGCUGACUACACUUCUCAAAAAUCAAUGAUGAAGAAUACAACUCUAUCUUCUUCCUCUGACUGUGGAUCCCAGGAGCCACCUCUGAAGUCAUAUGAAGGAAUGGAUGUUAUAACGACUCUGAGGAGUUGUGAGGGCAACUUGCUCAGUUCAAGAGAAAGAUUUUCGAAUCGGUCUUCUCUAGAAACUAUGGUAGCAUCAUGUUCUAGAGUUGAUUCGUACAAUGAAGAUGGACACAAUGGUGCGUGUUUAGUUCCAUCAGUUCCCAAUUCAGAUAAUCAGGCUAACUGUUUUCCUCAAACUCUAUGGUUUCAAAAGAAGUUCCGAGUUUUAGGAACCACUUGAUGUCAGAAGUGACUUCCAAACUGAAGUUGUCUUUUCAGAGUAUCUAAGGUCAAAUACUAAAACGGAGAUUUAUGCCAAAUUUUGAAAAGUUGUCAAGUAACCGAGAAUCAUACGCACUAAACUAAGUGCGCAUGUUUGAUAUUUAGGUGGGUUUUGCCGAUAUCACAAUGAGCGCCGCCGCCAUGAUUCCAAAUAUGCACUAAAUGUGUUGAUCUACAUUGUUGGACCACAGGUUCAUAACUUAUUUCAUGGAGAAAUAAAGGUAGCUGCAUAUGUGGUUCCUUUGCCUGACUUUUAAAUGGAGCAAAACAAAUUGUUUUUCUUUUUUGGUACAAAACUUGUAUCAAAAGAUUAGUGUCUUGUCCCCUACUAGAGAAGGAUAGUGACCUUGCAUAAACUGUGGUAGUUGUAUUGAUGUUAUACUUAUUGUCGGGUAACAAAAUUGAAGUCUUCCUUUAAUAUCUUUUGGGAGGUUAGAUCCCAGUUUGCACUCUA